GACGGCAAACCGCAUACGCUCGUACGGUACCGCCGUGGUCACUGCCACCCGCGAGACAGUCACGCGUUGCGCCUCGUUUCGUGUUGGCUUCGCGAAACGCUGUCGCUCCGCGAACGUCGUCACGAACAACGACAACGACAACGAUGCCAUUUCAAUAUCCAUAACAAUUGUACUAUAUUAUUUCGAAUUGUCGUAUACAGUGUUGUAUUUAAUGCCAAGACAAUGCCAUAAUUAUUCUUAUAAUAUAUUUUAAUAUUAUAUUAUCUUAUGUUAUUACCGCGCUCCGGCGGCGCCAGCACAGCUCCGAGACGUCAUCAUAAUAAUUUCAUAUAGGUGGUAUUUAUUUCAAAAGUACCAACUAUUGAAUAUAUGGUUCAGCUGUUAAAUAAAUUCGUUGUAGCCAAGUACGGGAAGUGGUAAUGACGAAGUUGUUUUGAAAUGAAGGGUUCCAGUAUCAAUAGACCUCAAGUACCCCUACUAUCACCAAUUGAAUAUAACAUUGAAGACGACCGUCAAAAUAAUGCGUCUUCAGGAGAGGGCUUUAAUCCUCUCUACGAGAAGAGCUCUGAACAGCAACAAGACGUGUUAAAUUCAUCAAAAAUAUUUAUCCCAUUAAGCACUCCACGUUACAGUUUUGGUUCUUCUGCAUCUACAGACCAUCUUGGUUUUGAAAGUCAAUUACUGGAAGUGGCUAUUCGUACAAACGAUGUUUCAAAAGUUAAACACUUCUUAAUGAUACAUCGAGAUAAAUUUCAGAUAAAUUCAAAACCACCAGAAAAGGAUUUUAAUUUUAAUUUACAAAAUCAGGACUUAAAUAUAAAUUCACAGCCGACCAAAAUCCAAACAGCCAGAUCUGAUCAAAAUGAUUCUUCGCGCAGUUCUCUGUCGUUGGACGAUCAAGCAUUGUUACCGUUCAAAAACGCAUUGCACACGGCCAUUGACUACGGGUCGUUGGACGUGGUUCGGACAUUACUUGAAAACGGCAUAGAUCCAAAUGCCGGUGGUCACGUGUUGACUGAUUUGGAUGUGCCCCCCCGACUUUCUCCGUCUGUCUCGUCCGAACCAAGUGAACGAUGUAACGUUCAGCCUGUCUCGAUUCAAUGUGAAAUCGACGAGGGCACUGGAUUUGAUAUACACGAUAUUUAUCAUUAUAAUACAGAAAUCAGAUCGAUGGCCGAUGAUGACGGGCGGCAAGACGAGGACGUGGUGAUUGCGGUCGGUACGACUACGUCUGCAGCGGCGUCGUCGCCUAAACCGGUAACCGCGGUGGCGCCGUCGGCAAAGCCAAAGCCACUGGCGGCGGCAGGGACGGCGGCGAUGGUGGUGGCGGUCGCCGAGCGCAACGCCAACCGGUCUGUGCUGACGCGACAACGUUCACUGUCGCUGGACAACGACAAACCGAUCAAGAAGAACCGGCCACUGCUGCAGAAGCUCCGGGCCGGCUGCAGCAAGCUGGUCCGGUCCGCGCCGUCGGACAUGUGUGCCGGCCACGAGGUCACAGUACCCGGACCGCCACAGAUGCGGCCGGCCAUCACCUACGCCGCCGAGGACAUCGGAGUCGUCGGGUACAGCUGCUUGGCCGCCGAUUUCUUGCCGCCGCCGCCGCCACCGCCGAAGGGCUCCGCGGCCGGUAUGCCGCCCGUCGAGUUCAAGGGCAUCAUGAGCGAACUGCGCCGGAGCAGCGACGUGGUUCGCGCCAUACUGUGGAACCUGUCGUUCCGGGACACGUACAGCAGCGGCAACGUCAGCGACCUGGACAGCAGCACCGAACUGGACGUGGACACGCUGUUCGACCGGCACGAGCAGCGCCGGUACGCGGACUACGAGCUGGAGAACGGCGGCCGCCUACUGUUUCUCGACUCGCUGUCGUCGCUCCAGUCGUUCCAGUCGCUGUCGUCCACCGGAUCGCCGACGGUACCGGCCGGCGCCACGUCCGGCGGCUCGGCGGCCUCGGUGCCGAUGGCCAGCGAUUGCCCGGCCGCGGUGCCCGUGGUCGUUUUCGACCACGCGCCGUCUACCGCCGCCGGCGCCGCCGCCGCGUGUCCGACCCAACAAGCGAAGCCGGUGCAGUCGUCAGUGCGACCUUCGCCGCCCGGCGCCGCGUCACAGCUGCCGCUGACGCUGUCGUCGACGAUGACGCCUCCGCCUCCGCUGUCGACGACGACUCCGCCGCCGAUAACAUUGCCGGACGCCGUGUCGUCACAACCGAGCGCCGCCGACACGGACGACGUCCUGACGGUCGUCCCGAAAAUAAUCUUCAAGAUCAAGAGCUCGCUGUCGCUGGACCGGAUGAACGAAAUGGCCGACAUGUACACCAAACAGUACCUGAUGACUCUGCCGCCGCUGUUCUUGGCCGUCGUCCGCCAAAAUCCCACAAUGAUUUAUUUGCUCCUCAAGUUUGGCGGGUCUCCAAACGUCCAGGAUAUAUAUGGAAAUACACCUCUUCAUUUAGCCAUCGUACAACCGGAAAUAUCGUGGAAUUGCGUAUUGGAUCUUCUUGAGUUUGGUGCAAAAAUUUGCAUUAAAAAUGCUACAGAUAUUUGCCCUUCAGAUAUAGUGGACUCAUUAUUGCGUAUACAAGUCCAUAUGAUUAAUGACUGCUGGAAGAUUUUGUCUGGAUCAACAGCUGUUAUUAAAGAACGAAUGUGGCGCCACAAUUUUAUCAAUAGUUAUGAUCCAGUAGGUAAACCAUCAGAUUUACCAACAUUGCAUUCAAGAUUAUUUCGGAGGAUGAAGUUUACACAAACCGACAGCGCAGAAGAACGUCACAGUAGCAACUUAGAUGAUUUUUUUGGGUCAAUUUGGUCACUCAAAAGCAAAAUCAGCAACAAGACUCUAGAAACGGACGAAGCUCGUAAUCAUGUUACAUCACAACCUACCAAAAUAAAAACCGAUAAGAAAACUAUCAUCAACGAUUAUGGUAUAAAACACAAAAAUUCAAAAGCACUCAAGUUAUACAAUAUAGAAAGAAAGUUUCAAGUGAUUUCUCAUCUUUCUGGCAAUGUAGAAUGCUUGGGUUUCAUUUUACACGGACUGAACAAUUACAUAGUCGAUAUAUUGAAAUAUUUAGAAGCCAAUCAUGAUCUGUCACUUCGUCAUAUAUGCACUCUUUUAAAGACAAUUUUGAACGUUGCGGUUACGGAAUUUGGAGAGCAAGGGAAAAAGGAAGAAUUGAGUGUGAUCCUUUGUUCAGUAAUGAAAGUGUGUUUAAGUGCACUACAAGGGAUUCACCAUGUCCAGUUUACAGCGAUGGCGAUAAUCAAUAGAAUUAUUGAUAUUUCCGUACAAUAUAAUGUGUCUUUUAUUAAAGCUACUGAAUCUGAUUAUUUACAUCAUCCACACUACGUAUCAGAGAUGAAUAAGUACAAAUCGAGUAAAGACGAUUCGAGUAUUGAUGAUGAUAAAAUGAAACCGGGUGGUCCUAAUAAGAAAUUAACAUCUAUGUGGCGUUAUUUCAUCGGAGAUCAGGCAUUCAACAACAAAACCGGAAACUCUAAAAUGAAUAAGAAUACCAGCGAAAGCGUGAUUGGAGUAUUAUCCAAUGUACAUGUCUUAUCGAUUAUCAACGUAUUGCACAAUUCUCUAACACUAUACAAAAGAGUGAUCGGUAGUAAACGUUUGUGUCCACCAAGCCAUAGAUCCAGUCAAUGCAGUUACCAUUGCUUGCAGAUACUGAGCGCUAGGACAUUGCUGUUCAUGUCACUAAAUGAUGAUGUAAAAAGUGAGCUUGUGAAAGAACCACAACUGAAAAUAUUAGCUGCUUCGCUAGAAUCUACCAACGACCCGCAAUUGCUCGUGUUGGUGUUGCAAAUUGUAGCAUCCAUUGCACUGAACACCAAACAUCACCGAGAGUUGAUAGAUCGUGACAUUCCAAACGUUUUGAAUCAAUUAUUACUACCAUCUGAUGAAUGGUAUUAUACGAACCAUAGUGAUAAAUACGGUCGCUACGUGAAACAUCAUGCGGCAAGGGUAUUAGUUUACUUAGGAUUUUCAUACCGCAUCAAUAUUUCAAUUUUUGACAUGUAUCAAGCCGAUUUACAACCAAAUCCACCAAUAACGAAGACAUACGAAGACAACUAUAUUGCUGUUACGUCUUUAUCUCCAAGUUUUGUAUUGAAUUCGGAUCAAUCUAAGUUAUUGGGCGUAUCAAUAGAAACUGCAAUUAUCAACGUGUUAAAAGAGAUAGAGCAAUCAUUGAAUCAGUCUACUACACCAUCUGAAGUUUUCACAUUGCAUUGGGCAUUGAAUGGCAAAUCGUAUAGUCUCUUACAAAACAAUGUAUCAGAUCAACGGACGAUCGAAAAGAAGUAUCCAACAGAUGUACGUUCGUCACUGUUUGUGCAGACUUUCGUAGCAUGUGCCGCCAGCACCGUGGACCCCGUGAUCUUGGUCCGGUUGCUCGCGAACCGUCUGGUUACUACGCCACUUUAUCCCCGAAACAGCUCAAGCAUCACAUCGAUGUCAGGACAAGACCCGUUUCCGCCCAGGACUACGAGGAGUCGAGCCUCAUCAACGGACACGAAUGCUAGCACCCGAAGGAAACGAUUCAAUUUAAGUCUAGAUACUACAAAGUGUUAUGGUGAUCCAGUUGACGGAAUUCCUUCAAAAGGAAAAUCAAAAUCGGUAGGUAUGCAUACUCGUCGCCGUCGAAGUAGUACAAGCAGUGCAGGUGGUUUUGGUAUCGAACCAGCGCUACAAGCAACUUUCAAUGCAUUUUCAAAUAUAAUCAAACAUGACAUAUUUAAAGACAAUACGAUGAGCCCAGACAUAGAUACUGAUGAAUAUAGAAAUUCUAGUGUUUCAUUGACUUCGACAAAAGCACUACCCGGAGCACUCAACUUUCAAUUUCCUCCUAGAAAUCGACCAUCUUUAAGAUCGGCCAAUAUUCGUAAUAUCACCAAUGAACGAUCUAAAUCACAAGCAAACAUAACAAAGGUGAGAGGAGACUCUUACCAACAAACACCAGAACAAGAAAUUUUGGCCUUCCAAAAACAAUUGCAAAAUUUACCUGAUUUGGAUUCCCCAAGUCAUGUAUUUUCAAGACGCUUACCGUUAGAUUCUACAUUUGCAACAGCUACUGCAGAAUUCGUACCAGUUACAAGACCAAGAUCUAGAUCUAUGCCUCGUGUUGCCUAUGAAUCAAACCGCUAUUUGACAUUGCCAGACUCGUUUCCAUUCACUAGCCGUUUACCAAGAGGUCGUUCGGCUGGAACAUUGGGAUUCCAGACUGAGUACCAUGGUCCAUGUGGCCCAAUGGUCAUAUCCAAUCAAGCAUCAUCGGUGUAUAGCAGUUAUCCGGUAAACAGUAACGACACAGGUAAUAAUGCGGCGUGCAGUGGCAGCAUUGCAGGAGGUGUAAGUGGCACCGGUGCUUUAUCUUCGGGGUCGGGUAACACAUACAACAGUAGAAGAAGCUCGUACUCUCCCAGCGACAGAUCCAGAGGAAGAGAUAGCAUAGCAUUUACGCACGGUGGUGAAGUACAGAUUGCAAUUACUCCUUGGCACAGAAGCAUACUCAUCUUGUUCGAGACAUGGUUGCGAACUUCAAAAACUGAAUUCAAUGAUCAACAUGCAUUGUGUGUGGAAAUGAGAGAAUUUAUGCGUAUUGUUAAUCACAUCGGAGGAGAAUAUUCGCAAUGGUAUAUUGAGAUGGUUACUGAAUUUAAAGAACUCUCUAUUGACAUUGAAUUGAAAGAUGGAGAUACAGUUAUGGAUACAAAUAAGGAAUACUCAAAGUUGCAGAGCGCCGUGAUCGCGGGCACGUUGCAGUGCAGCAGCGACGAAGCGAUCGGAUUGGCCGGUUUGCAGUUCCGCAUCGAGAAGAUGGCGGAGCGCCGGAACCAGACUCCGGACAGCCUGACCGCGAACAGCCCGGACUCGCUGUUGGACGGCGGUGGACCGUGCACCACGCUGCAGCCGAUAUCCGAGGACAAGGAACACCACUGGCCGCUGGACGUGCCGGCCGUGGUGACGCCGUCGCCGGUGGUCCAGUCGCAGUUCAACAUGUUCAGCGCGGCGACGGUCACCAGCCCGACGGUCACCGACGAACCGUCCGUCGGCAAGGUCCGCAACUUCUUCCUGCGCACGUGCCAGUACCUGUGCUUGGGCCGCCGCCGCCAGAAGGACGUGCCGCCGGUGAGAGACCCGUUCGGCAUCCUGCACAAGGUGCACAUGUACGUGCCGCCGGACUACCGGAAGCCCAAGAACACGGCGAAGCUCAUCAAGGAAUUGAAAAAGAUUGUUUCUCAUACACUUUUAAAUGAUUCAGAAUUGCAGCUUAAACGUAUUUAUGUAGAGAGAUGUAAACGUUUGCCGGCAUUCGGUUGUCACUUUUACUUCGUCAAAGAAGUUCAGCGUGGUAGAACAAAAACAAAGGCUGCACGUUUGCUUGGGCUGAGCUUAGAUAAGAUCGUUUUGCUCGACAAUAAAACGAAAAUUUUAUCAAAGUGUCAAAAUACACAAGAUUUACUCGAGUGGCAAACAGUAUUCCGAAGAAAUCGACACAAAGUGUCACUUGAAUUUCGCAACUCAAAGUGGACAUUGGCCACACCAACUGAGCGAUCAUUACGUGAAAUAGGUUUUGUUUUAUUAAAAAUUCUACAAGAAAUCGACGCCAAUUUCUUAGAACAGCAUUCUAUAAUUGCACCAAAUCCACCUACUAAACCAUUAGAAUUCAGAGAGAUAAACCUGGACGACGCUUUUGCAUCAGAAUUAGACUCGCUGCGGCGAAUAUUACAUUUCCCUGAAGAAGUGGCAAUACUUUUAAGUGAUAGAGAAAACGAUUUGUUUUACGAUGUUCCACCACUUGAUUUUUUGCGGCAAGUCACUUUAGAUCAAGACGGAGCAAACGCAUGUAACACUUCUGUCAAAAAGCUCAUAGAAAGGUUCAAUGCAGUAAGCGCAUGGACAACGCAUCUUAUAAUCACUCGACCAACACACGAAGAUCGAAAAGCUAUAUUAUCAUGUCUUUUGAGAGUGGCCAAAGAAUGUUGGAACAUCGGAAAUUUCAAUGGAGCUAUGGAAAUUAUAGCUGGACUCAAAUCAGAAAAAAUAAGGCCAUUCAUGCAGACAGUAUUGGAAAAGGAAAAGGUGUCGUUAUUCUAUUCACUGAACGACACUCUUUUGUCGACAUCACAAUACGACAACAUUCUCCAGAAAGCCUUAGCUAUGCCUGACUGUCCGGUUGUACCAUUUUUUGGAUCUUUUAUGCGUGAAAUCAGGAAAAUAAUGAAAGAGACGCCCAGCACUAUCGUACUAUCCGACCAAGACGGCAAGGUUUUAAGCGAGACUUUGGCUGAACAUGAAUAUUUAGAUGGGUAUACUACAUCUUUAGGAUUAGAUGGAAUUGUUAAUAUGGAAAAAAUAUAUAAGGUGCAAUCAGUACUGGAAGAAUUAUCAGAUUACCAUCGACAUUAUUUUGAAAGGAAAACGUACGAAGCAAAGUUGCAUUUGCUAAAAAAUGGCGAAUUACAAGACAAUGACGACGAAGAGAACUCUCAAAAAUAUGAUCCUGUACAAUCUUUAGUCUACGAUCAUGGUGUUUCAUUAAUACCACUUGCAAUAUCUCCCAGCUCUAAAGAUUUUACAAUUGGUCAUCACGAAUUACAGAUAAUGCAUCAUGGGACUACUGUUGUUCACUGGGCAGCUGAAAUGGGUAGUAGCAGAUCUGCUCGAAUUUUCAUGCGUCUUGAGAGAAAUUGUUCAACAUUGACUUGGGAGAAGACGUCGUGGAGUGCACUAAAAAGAAGUUCUAGUACACCAGACUAUUCUUUAAAAAUCGACCCUGAAGAUAGUUUACCCAAUGCGCUGCGUAAUAGAUCGUCAGUCAAUUGUCCAUCAGUUAUGGGUCUCCAGCAAGGAUACUUGGAGUUAUCAACUGUCAGAGAUAUAUUUAUUGGUGGUGCAGUUGGAAGAGAUCGAGUAAAGUCUGAUGGAGCGGCAAUAUUAAGAAAAUACAGUUUGAACAAUUAUUCGAUAUCGGAAUGUUGUUUGGGACUAGUAUAUGGAACUAAUACAAGCGAAAAUCGCAUAUUCUAUAUACUAGCUCCGCCAAGAAUACUUAGCAUUUGGCAUCAUGGACUCAAGACAGUGGUUCAAAAACUUCGAAAUGUUAUACAAACCGUUGAUAAACGUUCAAUAUGGCUAAAGAAUAACUAUGUACAUCAGUACAUUAUUUCGGGUGGUCAUGGGCCAAUGACAGCCGAUGCAAUACGUUUAUUUGGAGGUAGAGAUUGGUCAACGGCUGGUAACGCAGCCAAAAAUCAAUCUCCAGAGACAAGCAUUGCUAAACGAGCUGCUUCAAUGAGAUUUCGAAAGAAAAAAUCGGUAGCUAGUGUAUCUAACGAUGGACUUCUCAAACCGUAUGAUGUCAACGAUGUGUUCAACAAGUCUAGAAUAGACUUGGCUAGCAGCGGUUGCAACUCGCCAUCGACAUUGUGUAGCCAGACAGAAGAUGAAAAGAAACGAGACAGCGUUGACAAAAAUAUGGUUUCUGAACCAUCGACUUCUGCAGAUAAGACACCUCCUAAAAUUAUAGAGCCAACUCAGAGUGAUAUUAAUAAUACACCAAUACCGCCAAAUAAUUCACAAUUAGAUUUUGAAGAUUUUUGUGCUUUGUUUGAUAGUUUCAGUUUGAGAAUGCGUAAAGAUCUUCGAGAUAUUUUCGACCAAGUACGAGCAGCAAGUCAUAAAUCUGAACAUAAAAAAUCUGAAGAUAUCAUCGUACAAAAUAGUGCAACCUUAUCUAUUCCAAGAACUACAUCUGAACAAACUCAAAGUUCCAGCUCAAUUAAUAAAAACAUUGGAAAUAACUGUGUUCAACCAAUUGACGCAACAAUUCAAAAAAAGCGUAUAUUUGAUGCUAUUGCAGCAUCUAGUAUAAUUUCUAAUUGUACUGGUGUAGAGACAUCGCAGUCUGCAGCUACAUGGUCAAUAAAUGAUUUAAUUAAUUUCUUACAAAGUAGACAAAUGGUUCCAUGUACUGAGGAUGAUGCUAAAAUAUUGAUUCAGGUCCACGAGCCAAACCCAGAAAUUAGUGCUCGUAAUUGUCUUUCCUUCGAAGGAUUUGCCAAGUAUAUGAUGUUAAGGAACAAUAGCGUGUUCAGCGAACCAGAUUUUGCAAUCGAAAAAUCUGAUAUGAACUUUCCACUAUCUUGUUAUUAUAUUGCUUCAUCACAUAAUACGUACCUUACUGGUCACCAGUUAAAAGGCGACUCGUCAAUUGAUCUUUACAGUCGGGUAUUGUUAGCUGGUUGUCGAUGUGUUGAGUUGGACUGUUGGGAUGGUGACGAUGGUAAUCCAUUGAUCUAUCACGGACAUACGUUUACUUCAAAAAUACCUUUUCUCGGAGCUGUAGAUUCAAUUAAUCGUUUUGCAUUCGUAUCAUCACCAUAUCCAGUCAUAUUAUCUAUUGAAAAUCAUUGCUCACUAGUUCAACAAGCUCGAAUGGCAGAAAUAUUUGAGUCCGUUUUUGGUGAAAAAUUGGUGAAGGGCUUUAUGUUUGACUCUGAUUAUGAGCCUCAGCUACCAUCACCAAGUCAAUUAAAAUACAAAAUUUUAAUAAAAAAUAAAAAAAUUGCACCGUUGGAAAGUGAAAAGAAUCGAAUGAAAAAUAAUAAUAGCAGCACAAAAAGUUCCCAAAUUGUAUCUUCACUUCCAAGCAAUCAUUCUAAUGCAGGACUUUCUGUGGGUAACAAUUCUAACGCUGGUCCUUCGGGAGCUAUCAAGAAUCCUAUCCUUGAAUCGUCAGGGGUAAUCAAGGAUCCAGCCGGCGAAUCUUUAUUGAACAACAGUCAGCCUAAUAUCGAAUUCUCAAUGGCCAGCAAUCAAACUAAUAUUGUGACUUCAGUUGUUAAUAAUAAUCCUAAUGUCGUGCCUUCAAUGGUAAGCAGUCACCCAAAUAUUGGACCUCAUAGAAGUAGUUCAGCCAGUGCUGGUACUACGACCAAUGAUGAUGUUGCUACUACCAUCGAGGAAGAAGAAGAAUAUGAAGAGGAUGAUGAAGAAUAUGACGAUAGUGAUGAAUUGGAUUUUAAAAAAUUUGGAAUGGAAAAAUUUGGUAAAAAGUUUGGUUCAAAGUCAAAUGAUAAAUGUGCUGCAGAAGAAAAGUUUAAAAAACACAACAGUCAAAUUGCUAAAGAGCUAUCUGAUAUAGUCAUCUAUACCCAGGCGAUAAAAUUUCGUGGUUUAAAUACGAGAAGUCCAAGCAGUUCAGUGAAAAAUAAACGAAAAUGUAAUGGUAGUCUUUGUGGCCAUAAUGGUACUUUGGUAAGCACAUCGUCCACUGGAGCUACAUCGACGGAACACUACCAUAGUCGUGGUUCUACUACGAUAAACCCGCAUCAUCCAUGCUAUAAGUGUUCUUCUUUAAGUGAAAGUAACGCUAAAAAGCUGACAAAAAAACGACCAUUGGAUUUAAUUGCACAUGCUGAGACGCAAUUAGUACGCGUGUAUCCAGCAAGUAUGAGGAUAGAUUCAUCCAACUUCAAUCCAUUAAAUUUUUGGUCAUAUGGUGUACAAAUGGCGGCACUAAACUAUCAGUCUGAGGAAGCCACAGCUUCACACGUCAAUGCAGCCAUGUUUGAACAGAAUGGUUAUAGUGGUUAUGUGCUAAAACCACGGGUUAUGCACGAUCCUUCUCACAAAUCAUAUCGUCAAUUCAACCCGAUGGAAAAAAAUUUUGAUGGUUUAAAUCCUAUAUGUUUUACUAUAAGCAUUGUCUCUGGUCAGUACUUAUCGCCAAAUGGGGGCAUUCGAGCUAAUGUAUAUGUCGAAAUCGAAAUUAUUGGCAUACCUUCCGACAGCGUAAAGAAAAAGUCUAAAACUAUUUUUUGUAAUUCAAUGAACCCCGUGUGGGACGAAACAUUUUCGUAUAACGUGCUAUUCAAAGAAUUAGCGUUUAUACGAUUCCUUAUAGUUGAUGCCAGCACCAAUCAUGCGUUAGCGCAGCGUGUAUUACCACUCAAGAGCAUGCUGUACGGCUAUAGGCACAUUGAUAUGCAUAACAUGCGUAACCGGCCAUUACCACUUACCGCGUUAUUUGUAUACACUUGUAGCAAAGAAGAAGUACCAAGAUCUAUUGACGAUGAAAAGGCAUCUUCUACAACAGCACCAGCAGCGGAUAAUGGAACAAUGGACAGUGGUGUAUCAACGCACCGUAAAAAAUUCCAUGUAUUGGUAUUUGGCGUAUUCUCUGAAAACUCAUAUGUCACGUUCAAAGUCACUCAAGAUAGUACUGCAACAGACUUGAUUAGAUUAGCAUUAGACAGACGUAAUGAGGGUGAUGAAGAAAUGAAAACAUACGUGCUCUUGGAGGAAGUCGGCUUAACGUGGGAAGUGUCAAAUAAUACUGACAAUAAUAGUGAUGAUAAUGGUAAUGUCGUCACUGAUGAUGAUGGUUAUAAUAGUAAUAACUCUAAAAAGAAGAAAAAGAAAAAGAAAAAGAAGAAAAAAAAGAAAAAAACCAAGCGUAGGCGAAUUGGAUGGAAAAAUGGCGAUGCACCUAUGGUACAACGUGUAUUGGAUUAUAAUGAAAAACUAUUGGAAGCGCAGUCACGGUGGCGAGGCGAUGGAUACUUUGUAUUGAAAAAAAUCGGAGAUGACCCGAGCAGCAGAGCGUGGCUCAUAUCAUUGCAAUCAAAGAACUCAGGAAAUGGUGAAUCAGAGUCAUCGUGGGAUGAAAUACAUACGUUCUUAGUAUGUAUUUAUAAUGUUUCCGAAGAAAGACCAUACGUUAUUCUUAAGGUACCUACAGGGUCAACUGUACAGGACAUUUUAGCUCAGAUUUUAGUCAAAGCCAGGCGUAUGGAAAACCCAAUUUUAUUCAUAUUGGUCGAGGAACAAGUAUGGGGCAGAACUGAUAUAAGAUAUAGGGUAUUGGACGAUGAUGAGGUAGUAUAUAACACACAAAAUCAGUGGUCAAGAGUGGGCAAGUUUGUGUUAGAGGAUCGUUGCAGUGAUGAAGAAGAUGAAGAUGAUGGACUGGUUACUAAAACAUCGCGAGCAUUUGAAACAUGUUUAAGAGUAAUGAGGAUCCGAAAGGGUAUGGCUGCACUGAGCCGAGGUUGGAGAGCCUGUGGUUUGCCAACGUUGCCUGGACAUUGUCUACGGCAUCCCGAAAAUGACAGGGAGUACGUCAUUAAAGAAGCGGCACGCGUUCAUAGAAAAAUGUUAGAAAAACACGAGAGGAUGUGGUGGUUAAACUUAGAAAAAGGAGGCAGUGGUGACGGUGGUGGUGGGCUUGAACGUGGUUGUGAUGAUGACGGUAGUGGUGGUGAAGAUGCUGAAGAAAGUAUAUACUCAGGGUUUUUAAAAUCACCUGGCCAGUUAUUCGGUUUUUUAAAAUCCUGACAUAUGUUGUGUUGCUUUCGAAGAGCACGUAAUAGACAUGAUAAUGAUAUUGGCACUAUGGUUUGAAAAAAAUUUAGUUUUUUUUAAUCUCCAACCAGAAUUUUUGAAACUCGAAAUAUGGAAUGUUCGCUUAACCCCGUAUUCCCAUCCUGUAUUUAAUCAAAAUCAUUUAUCCUCUAAUACUCCAAUCCGCUCGGUGUUCUUCAUUUCUCUUCACAGGGAACCGUAACAUUUUCAGGGUGUACGUAAAUAAGUCAUUAAUACUUAUAUUUUGAGACGAAUGGUAUAUAUAUGUAUAUAUGUAUAUAUUUAUAUAUAAAUAUAUAUACUUUUAUCUUCUUUUUUUGUGAGAAAGUGUGUUUUAUCUGACAUUUGGUAUUUUUUAUCUUCUGAUCAAUAAACAUUAUUCUUUCUACAAAUAAUUAGCUAUUUUAUAACAAGUCAAAAUCCUAAAUUAUUUUUUUUCAAAUAAUGAUCAACGUACAACAAUUUAUUAAAUUAAUAAAUUUUAUUUCAAAAAAUAUAUUAUAAUUUCAUAAUACCAAUUACUUAUUUUCCAUUUAUACCUUAUAAAUUAUUUUCAUAUUAUAUUUGAGCUGAAAAUUCCAAAGCUAGAGAUUAGUUGUUAGUCUUAGAGGUUAUUGGGAUAUCCAAUUAUUAAUGUUUUUUUUCUCAUCGAUAUUCGUAUAAUUAUUAAUAUAACUGUAUUACUGUUUUAAAAAAAAACCAAUUAGUUAUUGGCCAGUUUUAUAAUAAGUUAUGUGUGUAAGCAUUUAUUUAAAAUUCCUAGUUAAAACCGUUGUAAAUCUAGUCAUUUUAUCAUUACAAUUAUUUUAAGUAUCUCCAACAUUGUCUUUAUGUGUUGUUCGUAUGUGUUAAUAAUAUUUUUUUUGUAAUUUUUAAAAUGUGAAAAUCUCUACUGCAGUAUUUAAAAUUACAUAACUUAUUAUUAAUAUAAUUAUUAUUCAUUUUAUUCAUAAUACCUACCUAUUAUAAUUAGUAUUACUAUUAUAAUUAAUUAUUAUCAUUACUUUUAUUAUUAUAUUUUAUUGUACACUUAUCAGAAUAAUUAUUAUAAUGAUUAUUAUUUCUAUUAUUCUUUUUUUUUAAUAUUAUUAUUAUUUGUAUUUUUUUUUUUUUUUAUAUUAUGACUAUUAUUAUUAUUAUUAUUAUUAUUUAUAAUAUAUCUAAUAUUAUCAUCAUCAUUAUCGUUUAACUAUAACUAUAAUAAUUAUUGAUGUUUAAAUCUCGUGUUUGAUAAAUUUAUAAUUUUAUAAGUUUAUAAAACAGACUGUGCUGUAGCUAGAAUUUUUAAUUAGGAAGGACACUAACACAUACCUAGUUAAUAUCAAAAAUGUUGUCACAAAUAUUUAUAUUUAAUACAUUUAAAUUAUUAAAUCAAUCAUAACAAUAUGCAGUAUUAGGAAUUAGUAAUACAAUACACGUAUUACGAGUUUAUCAUUUUUUUUUCGUCGUGUAAAACUUGAUUUUGACAAUAAAACUAAGUAUUUCAAUUGGGCAUGUGUUUCUAGUGUCCUCCCAUGACUAUGGCACUGUAAACAGUUUUUGUGGUAAUGAAAACAACGAGAUAUCACUUAACGGCUAUUUUUUACAUGUUAUCCUCAGAUAUGUGUUAUAUUGAAGAUUUUUAUCGAUAAUAUUAAUGUUUAUUAAAUAUCUAGUUUAUACACAUUGUUGGUGAAGUUCUGCAGAACAGUGUUAACCUAAAUCAAUGUAUUUUAUUUAAUUGCCGUUAAAAUACUAUUUAUUGUUUUACUCAUUAUACCUAUAUUAUGUUAUAUAAUCUAUAUAAUAUUAUUAUACUUUGUAAUAUUAUCACAACAAA